CCUCGGCUUCCCGCUUAGUUACGGCAGGAUACACAUCCCAUGCGGCUACGAACGAUCUCCGGCUUGCGGCGAGGUACUCUGUAUCGAAAAAUCGUACAAAACCAGUCUAGCCCUCAAAAUAUUGCCCAAAGAAGUUCCCUAUACAAAACCCUCUCCUUCAACGUCGCGCUCAUGGCCUCGUUAACGAAGUUGUCGUCCCGCCUAAUGUCGUCCUCCCAGUCAGCGGGUGCCUCUCAGAGGCUGUCCGCAUUGAGCCGCCAAUUCUCAAGCACACCCUCGACACAAUUCGAGGUAAAGAAGCUUGGUGUGAUCGGUGCUGGACAAAUGGGUCUUGGGAUUGCCCUCGUCGCAGCCCAAAAAGCCCAAGUCCCGGUUACCUUGGUCGAUAAUUCGCAGGCUUCGCUCGACAAGGGCAUGGCUUUCGCCGACAAACUUUUGGCAAAGGACGUAUCGAAACAGAAAAUCAGCGAAGAGAUUGCAAAGGCUACAAGAGAUCGGUUAAAGCCCACCACACAAAUGUCAGAUCUCUCUGAUGUUGAUAUGGUUAUUGAAGCUGUGCCGGAAAUCCCGUCCUUGAAGGAGAAGAUCUUCGCCGAACUGGCCCAAGUUUGCCCCAAACACGCUAUACUGGCCACGAACACCUCAAGUAUCAGCAUCACACGAAUCGCACGAGCAACGUCGAAAGAUCCCACAGACACAUCAGCAUCCUCUCGGGUGGUGUCAACACAUUUCAUGAACCCGGUCCCGGUUCAAAAAGGUGUGGAAAUCAUCUCGGGCCUGCAAACUUCUCCAGAAACCCAAGCGGCAGCGAUCGCAUUCUGCGAAAAGAUGGGCAAAGUGGCUUCAGUAUCGGUGGACAGCCCCGGCUUUCUUGCGAACAGAAUCCUCAUGCCAUAUAUCAACGAGGCAAUCAUCUGUCUUGAGACAGGUGUCGGAACCAAAGAAGACAUUGAUAACAUCAUGAAAACCGGAACAAAUGUGCCCAUGGGCCCGUUGACACUGGCUGAUUUCAUUGGUCUGGAUACCUGUCUGGCCAUCAUGGAGACACUACAUGCUGGGCUGGGUGACAGCAAGUAUAGACCAAGUGUAUUGUUGCGGCAAUAUGUGGAUGCUGGUUGGUUGGGCAAGAAGAGUGGGAAGGGUUUCUACGACUAUAAAUAAAUCAAACGUCCGUGAAAUGAGCUUCAAUUAUCAUAAUCGGCAUAUCUAAGCAACUGAGUGUGCCAUUUGUAUAGAAAUAUUAGAGAUGCCAGUGCCAUCAUGGGACUCUG